AGCCUUUUACCGGAAGUUAGUUUAAGUGCGGAAGCGCAACAGAACUGACCCUCGGGUCAGCAUUUGCUCUCUCGACGUUUAUAUGAAUUUAUUGUGGUUUAAUAGAAGAUAUUAAAGUUUAAUACUGCCAGUUAAAUAAACAGAAGGACUGUGCAGGUAGUUCACCUGCAUCAGCGGACCAGCAGCGGAUAUCUUCCGUUAAUCCCGUCAUGUUUAAAAUGGACUGUGUGAGUUCACUCAGCCUCUGAACUCACCUGACUUACAUCCCGCAGGUGCGCUAUGCUGGCAGCGGAUUGUCCACACGGGCCUGAAGACAAAAUGUCCUGAUGGAGAACAUCCGACCCCGUCUGAAGCUUGUGAACAAAGGCGAAGAUGUGAAAUUGAGGAAGAGAAAAUCCCAGCUGUACUCCAAGGAAGAUGAAAGUCCCCUGAACAACGAUGUGCUGAGAGCCAGAGUUGCUGUGUUUUCUGUGGCGUUCAGACUCGUCAACUGCUUCCUGGUUCAGACCAGCUUCGUCCCCGAUGAGUACUGGCAGUCUCUGGAGGUUUCCCAUCGCAUGGUCUUCAAUUAUGGGUAUCUGACCUGGGAAUGGAAGGAAGGACUAAGAGGAUUCUCCUUCCCACUCUUCUUUGCCUCCAUAUACAAGAUAUUACACUUGAUAAACUUGGACUCAGUCCACCUCCUGAAGUGGCUUCCACGAAUACUUCAAGCGCUCCUGGCUGCGUUCGCUGAUGUAAAAUUCUUCUUCCUCAUCCGAACGCUGGAAAGUGCUGAUGUUGCGAAAUGGACGUUCUUCUGCCACCUGUGCUCGUGGUUCACGUGGUUCUGCUGCACCAGGACUCUGACCAACAGCAUGGAGACCACUCUCACCUGUCUGGCUCUUUUUUACUUUCCCCUGUCUGGCUCCACAACACACAGCAGCAAAAAAUAUUUGCUCCUCGUUGCCUUGGCUGUCGUCGUUCGUCCGACCGCGCUGAUUGUCUGGUUUCCUCUGUUAAUGUACCAUUUCUGGCAGGAGGAUAACAAACUGAGACUCAUCACUCACAACUACAUUCCUAUAGGGACUUUGGCUGUUGUGACUUCAACAGUGAUCGACUGUCUUUUCUAUGAAAAGUGGACCAUGGUGCAGUUCAACUUCCUGAAGUUUAACGUCCUUCACGGCGUCGCUGAUUUCUACGGCUCUCACCCCUGGCACUGGUACUUCACCCAGGGUUUUGCUGUGGUGAUCGGUCCUCAUCUUCCCUUCUUUCUUCAUGGAUGCACCAUCGCCUUCAAGAGAUACAAAAUCCUGUUGGUGGCGGUCGUCUGGACCGUCGUGGUUUACAGUUUUCUUCCUCAUAAGGAGUUCAGAUUCAUCUAUCCUGUGCUGCCUUUCUGUAUGGUCUUCUGUGGGAUUUCUGUUGCUAACCUGAAAGCGUGGCGCCGAGCUGCAGCGUUGGCCUUGUUAGCGACCAACCUGGUUGCAGCUCUGUACACCGGCCUGAUCCAUCAGCGAGGCACUCUGGACGUCAUGAGCCACCUCCAGACGCUCUGUGAAACCAGCAGCGUCUCCACGCCUCUGCAGCCAGACGUCCUCUUCCUCAUGCCCUGCCACUCCACACCCUACUACAGCCACAUCCACUGUCAGAUAAAGAUGAAGUUCCUCGAGUGUCCUCCAGACCUCGGAGAGGAGGGUUACGUUGAUGAAGCAGACAGUUUCUACAGCGACCCUCUCCACUGGCUCAGGACUUCAUUUCCAUACAAAUCCUCUCUGCCCACUCACAUGGUUUUGUUUGAUGUUUUGGAAGAGGAAAUCUCCGUGUUUUUGCGAGGGAAUAACUUUGUGAGGACAGCAGAGAUAUUUCACACUCACUUUCCUGAGGGAAGAGUUGGAGGAAGCAUCUUUAUUUAUGAAAGGCACUGACAAACACUGGAACAAAGGCAAUUAACUUUACCUACUGAGAAUGUCAUAUGAUUUGAUCCUGAAAUAAAUAUUUUAAACUCA